ACACCAAGAAAGUUAUCCAAUACCUAGCACAUAUAGCAGCCAGCAAGGGUGGCAAAGGUACAGCCACAAUCCACAGUAUACAACAGAGUAUGCAUAGCCUUUCCCGGAACAUUGUAGGUGAACUGGAAGCUCAGCUGCUCCAAGCCAACCCGAUCCUUGAAUCUUUCGGAAAUGCCAAGACCGUCAAGAACGACAACUCUUCACGUUUUGGUAAAUUCAUCCGCAUCAACUUUGACACAUCUGGGUUCAUCGCAGGAGCCUACAUUGACAGUUACCUUCUGGAAAAGGCUCGUGUCAUCCGUCAGGCCGGCACCGAGAGGACAUUUCACAUCUUCUACCAGUUGUGUCUGGGAACCAACGCUCAGGACAAGGAGAAAUACGUGCUGCGUAGCAUCGAUACCUACAACUACCUUAGCAAUGGAAACGUGCCUGUCACUGGGGUGGAUGAUGUCAAGGAGUUUCAAGAAACCAUCAGUGCUAUGCAAAUCAUGAACAUCAGCGAUGAAGAGAUCACAUGUUGUCUCAAGGUGGUCUCUGCAGUCCUGUGGUUUGGGAACAUGGAGUUCAAGCAAGAGAGGAACUCAGAUCAGGCUAUUCUUCCCAACAAUGAGAUUGCCCAGAGGAUAAGUCAUCUCCUUGGAAUCAGUGUGACAGACUUCACCAAGGCUAUUCUCAAACCUCGCAUCAAGGUCGGCAGAGACUAUGUCAACAAGGCACAAACCAAGAACCAGGUUGAGUUUGCAUGUGAAGCUCUGUCCAAGGCACUCUAUGAGAAGCUCUUCCAAUGGGUGGUCUACAGGAUCAACAAGUCCCUGGACAGGAGCAGACGUACUGCAGCAUCCUUUAUCGGUAUCCUCGACAUUGCUGGCUUUGAGAUCUUCCAGAUGAACUCCUUUGAGCAGCUUUGCAUCAAUUACACCAAUGAGAAACUCCAACAGCUGUUCAACCACACCAUGUUCGUCUUGGAACAGGAGGAGUACCGCCUGGAGGGCAUCGACUGGAAGUUCAUCGAUUUUGGACUCGAUCUACAGCCUUGCAUUGACCUCAUCGAGAAGCCCAUGGGUAUCUUGGCUCUUCUUGAUGAAGAAUGCUGGUUCCCGAAGGCCACUGAUAAAACCUACGUAGAGAAGCUGCACAAAGAGAUGACCAAACACCCCAACUACAUGAAACCAGACUUCAGAGACAGUGCCGACUUCUGCGUUAUACAUUAUGCUGGCAGGGUGGCCUACUCAGCUACUCAGUGGUUGACUAAGAAUAUGGACCCUCUCAAUGACAAUGUCAUCGCCCUGAUGAGGAACUCUUCAGAGCCUUUCAUCACUUCACUCUGGAAGGAUGCCAACAUCGUUGGUAUGAGCAACCUGGAAGGAAGCAACACUCGCUUUGGUAGCUCCCAGACCCGUCGGGGUAUGUUCCGUACCGUGGGCCAGCUUUACAAGGAGCAGCUGUCUGAUCUGAUGACAACCCUCAAUUCCACCAACCCCAACUUCGUCCGUUGCAUCAUCCCCAAUCACGAGAAGAAGGCUGGCAAGAUUGACUCCCAUCUAGUACUGGAACAGCUGAGAUGUAAUGGUGUACUGGAAGGUAUCCGUAUCUGUCGUCAGGGCUUCCCAAAUCGUAUCCUCUUCCAAGAGUUCAGAUCCCGAUAUGAGUUGCUGACACCAGACGUCAUUCCAAAGGGCUUCAUGGAUGGAAGAAAGGCCGCCCAAGCCAUGAUCAGCGCUUUGGAGCUGGACCCCAACCUGUUCCGUCUGGGGCAGAGCAAGAUCUUCUUCCGCGCCGGUGUGUUGGCCCACCUUGAGGAGGAACGUGAUCUGAAAUUGACCGACAUCAUCAUCCGCUUCCAAGCUCACUGCCGUGGUGCCAUUGCUAGAAAGAACUACCAGAAACGUAUCCAGCAGUUGAGUGCCAUCCGCAUCAUCCAACGUAACUGUCUGGCCUACCUCAAACUCCGUAACUGGCAGUGGUGGCGUCUUUUCACCAAGGUCAAGCCGCUCCUGAACGUUACUCGUCAAGACGAGGAGAUGCAGCAGCGAGAGGAUGAACUGCGUAAGGUCAGGGACAAGCUGGAGAACACAGAGAAGGACUACACUGACAUGGAGCGUAAACUCCAACAGGUACUUGACGAGAAGAGCCUCCUAGCAGAACAGUUGCAGGCCGAGUCAGAACUGAGCCAGGAAGCUGAGGAGAUGAGGGUGAAGUUGGCUGCCAAGAAACAGGAGCUUGAAGAGAUACUUCAUGACCUUGAGGCUCGUAUUGAGGAAGAAGAAGAGAAGAAUCUAGGUCUCGGUGCAGAGCAGAAGAGACUUCAACAGAAUAUCAAUGACCUUGAAGAACAGCUUGAAGAGGAAGAAGCUUCCAGGCAGAAGAUACAACUAGAAAAGGUCCAAGCUGAUGCCAGAAUCAAGAAAGUAGAGGAAGAUUUAGCCAUCCUAGAUGAUUCUCAUGCUAAGUUGUUGAAAGACAAGAAGAUCGUUGAUGAGAAGCUCUCGGAGGUGUCUGCCACGUUGACCGAGGAGGAAGAGAAGAGCAAGGGUCUGAUGAAACUCAAGGCUCGCCAUGAAUCAAGCAUCGGAGAACUUGAAGACAAGAUUCGCAAAGAUGAGAAGCUACGUAAUGAUUUGGAGCGUCACAAGCGCAAGCUUGAAACUGAGACAGAAGAUCUAAGGGAGCAGCUUAAUGAGCUUCGUCAAGAGAUCGUAGAACUGAGGGCGCUACUUGCAAGGAAAGAAGAAGAGCUCAAUGCUGCCCUGGCUCGCAUCGAUGAUGAGGUGACCCAGAAGAACCAGCUUCAGAAGCAGGAGCGUGAGCUCCGUAAUCAGUUGACCGAGCUCCAGGAGGAUCUAGACGCUGAGAAGGAUGCUCGCUCCAGGGCUGAAAAGAACAAGAGGGAUCUCAAUGAGGAACUGGAGGCGAUCAAAUCCGAGCUGAUGGAUUCUAUCGACAACACCGCAGCUGCCCAGGACCUGAGGAACCGCAGAGAAAACGAGCUUCAGGACAUAAAGAAGCAGCUAGAGGAGGGCAGCAGAUCACACGAGCAGACCAUACAAGAUCUCCGUCACAAGCACAACAGUGCCAUCGAACAGCUCAAUGACCAAUUGGAUAACGUUAAGAAGUCCAAAUCAUCUUUGGAGAAGAACAAGGCCAGUUUGGAGAGCAACAACUCUGAACUGAACAACGAUCUCAAGCAAGCCACCCAAGCCAAGCAAGAAUCGGAAAGGAAGAGAAAGACCCUGGAAGCACAACUAGCUGAACUGAACGUCAGGCUACAGGAAACCGAGAGAGCAAAGACAGAUUCACAGGAGAAGGCCUCUAAACUUCAAAAUGAAGUAGAGAGCCUGAAUACCGUCCUGGAGGAAACAGAGAGCAAGGCUUCAAAGGCCACAUCAUCAUCCAACUCCUUGAUGGGUCAGCUGACAGAGAUGCAGGAGAGCCUUAACGAGGAGACCAGGCAGAAGCUAGAGUUCAAUUCCAAACUGAGAGCUAUGGAGGCUGAGAAAGAGCAAAUACAGGAGCAAUUAGAGGAAGAGGAACAGGCCAGGAGCAAUGCUUUGAGACAGAUCUCAACCCUGCAGAUGCAGGUAUCUGAUCUGAAGAAGAAGGUUGAGGACGAUUCCAACUCUCUGGACCAAGCAGAAGAAUACCGCAAGAAGAUGUCCAAGGAACUGGAGGCCAUGAACAACACCAACGAGGAACUCAAGCUGGCUUCGGACAAACUGGAGAAGACUAAGAAGAGGCUACAGGCUGAGCUUGAUGACGUGACUCUGAACAUGGAGAGGGAGAAGGCCAGCGUCACGGCUCUGGAGAAGAAGCAGAGGAAGUUUGACAGCAUGCUCAAUGAUGAGAAAGCCGAGAAGGAACGCAUCAUUCAGGAACUUGACGAGAGAUCAAAGGAAUGUCGUGACAAAGAAACCAAGCUGAUGAAUCUUAACCGAGAGUUUGAGGAACUCCAAGAAAGCUUACAGGAGAGUGAGAGAGUACGCAAGACACAGAGUGCUGAGCUGGAUGAACUCGUCUCAUCAAAGGACGAUGUCGGCAAGAAUGUUCAUGAGCUUGAAAAGGCCAAGAAGUCUUUGGAGACCCAGAUUGAAGAGAUGCGUACUCAGAUGGAAGAACUGGAAGAUGAGCUCCAAGCCACUGAGGAUGCCAAGCUACGUCUAGAGGUCAAUCUCCAGGCUGCGAAGGCUAACUUUGAAAGAGAUUCAUCAUCAAAGGAGGAACAGUCUGAGGAGAAGAGGCGUGCUCUCGUCAGACAGCUUCGUGAGAUGGAGGCUGACCUUGAGGAAGAGAGGAAACAACGAGGAAGCGCUGUUAACCAGAGGAAGAAACUUGAGAUGGAUCUCAAAGAUCUAGAGAGUCAUGUGGACGCUGCCAACAAGACCAAAGAAGAUAGUGUGAGACAACUACGCAAACUUCAGGCUCAACUGAAAGAAUACCAAGCAGAUAUGGAGGAUGCCCGCCAUGCUAGAGACGAGAUCUUCCAGUCUGCAAAGGAAAAUGAGCGUAAGCUUAAAGCUAUGGAGACUGAACUCAUGACACUACAAGAGGAAUUGGCGAUGGCUGAGCGUGCCCGUAAGCACGCCGAGAUGGAGCGGGAUGAGCUCCACGAAGAGAUCAACAGCAACACGUCCAAGGGGUCUGCAGCUAUGGACGAGAAGAGGAGGUUAGAACAGAAGCUCUCCCAGUUGGAAGAAGAGCUGGAGGAUGAACAGACUAUGGUGGAGAGUCUGAUGGAUAAAGAGAGGAAAAUCACUGGACAGAUGGAGCAAAUGCAGGCCGAGCUGGCAUCAGAGAGGUCUUCCAAUCAACGCAAUGAGAAUGCUAAGAAUAUUCUCGAAAGACAGAACAAGGAUUUGAAAGCUAAGAUGGCUGAGAUGGAAAGUGCUAGUAGAUCUAAAUCCAAGGCUACCAUCCAACAGCUUGAGAGCAAGAUAGCACAGCUUGAAGACUCUCUUGAUAUUGAGGCUAAGGAACGCAACACAGCAGCUAAGAUGGCUAAGAGAGCCGAUAGGAAAGCCAAAGAGAUGGCCAUGGCUAUUGAAGAUGAACGCCGCCAUGCUGAGCAGUACAAAGAACAGUUGGACAAGAGCAAUUCCCGGUUAAAAACCUUGAAGCGCCAGCUGGAUGAAACUGAAGAGGAAGUCACCAGGCUUAAUGCCGCCAAGCGCAGGAUCCAGCGUGAAUUGGACGAGCAGACGGAGGCCAACGAAGCCCUACAGAGGGAGACUCAGCAGUAUAGGAACAGAUUACGAGGAGGGUCCUCGCGACUCGUAGGCAGAUCCAACAGAUCACACAGGAGCGCCGCAGCGGAUAGUGACGAUAGGAUUGAUGGCACUGGAUCGGAUGAAGUCCAAGAGUAGCAACUUUCCUUUACAUCUACCCAAAAAUCAUUUCCAAAGCUCUAAACCAAUAUUCUAUUUGUGCUUUGUAACUAAAGCCUUUGUUUCUAAGAUAUUACGGUAUAAUUGAAUACUCAUUUCUGGGUUUAUCGGGUGAUUUGUCUUUGGUCAAUGAAUCUAAUUUUUUUAUAUCACUUAUUUGAAUGGUCAGUGGGAACGAGAAUAUUUUCCCUGGACAGGUUCUUGUACAUGUAUAAACAAUAUGUAUAUUAUAAUUUUUUUUACAUGUUUGUGGUGUAUGCGUUAUAUCCUUAUUGCUGUAGAAAUUUACCAAAGUGAUUUAUCUAAUGGGAUUCAAAAUCACGAAAGAAUUAAUGUAUUAUAAUGAUUUGGGAUUGGGUGAUUUUCCAUGUGUCCUGUUAGGGAAUUUUCAUUGAUUUGAUUCACCUAAAAAAAAAUUAAUAAUUGCAUUUGAUUAGAGAAGCUCUUUGUUAACUGAGCCACAUUUUUUUCUGUUUUUUUUUUCUACAUUUGUUAACCUCUGUUGUAUUUAUGUCACAACAGGUCAAACCUUUUUUCUACAAAUUGUAGCCAACUUUGAAUCUAGAUUUACUAUGGAAAUGAUUUGUCUGAGAUUCUGUCUUGGAAUAAUUUCCUCUGCUCUUUAUUGAAAAACAAGUAAAAGGAUACCAAAUCAUUUUACCCGACUCCUAUUUGGUCUAAUGUAAGAAUUUUGAAUUGAUUACGUAGUGAUUAAUACAUUAUUUUCACAGGAAAUUUUGUGUUGUAUAAUUAGAAUAUGUAUGAUUUAACUUUCAAACUUAAAAAAGUUCAGUGUCAUUUGAAAUGAUCAGAAUAGUGUCAAUUUCUAGAAUAUCAAUAUAAGUGCCAUCUUUAUCAAGAAGGGCAUAUUUUUGCAUUGUAGAUUUGAGGAAGGAAUGUUUAUUAGUCCCUAUGUUUGAGUUCCAUUACCAGGUAUUGGUGGCUCCUGUAUGAACGGUCAAUGGCAUAAUUAUAAACAUUUUUUUUCAGCUUAAAUUUCGUGCGUGAGGAAAGAAAAAUAAAUGAAGUGUACAGCAAUAGUCUUUCUUACCAUCAAUAUAUUUCUCAAUAUGAAUUCGAAGGAGUACAGUCAUCCUAUAAAAUUGGUGAUACAGAAAUGACUUGGAUCCCGUCAUUGCAAAGAGCAAAGACUUAUGAUAUACGUGAUUACAUGUUUGUGUAUGCAAGCCUUAACAUAUAUAUAUUUCUGAAAGAUUAAAGCUCAAGAGCAUUUUUUUUGUAAUAUUUGGGUAGCGUUGCUGUAUGUAGACUACAUUAAUUAUGGUUUUUGCGGCAGCUAAAUGAAAAAAAAAUUGAGUCUAGACCAGUGCUUCCCUUGUUUAAUAUAAUUUGUAUUUAGUGGUUUUAUAUCAAUUUAUUCCUAAUGCUUAGCAUGAUUUGCAAUUUAUUAUUAGAGUAGAAAAAUUGCAUACGGUUAUGAAACAAUUUGUUUUGCUUUCAAGGUAUUUUGGGAUGGUAAAGAAGAGUUGAGAGUUAUUAAAAAUUGUAGAUAUCUGUCAGAGAAUUAGAAUGGUAACAGUAUAUUUUCAGAUUAUUAGGCCACGCCUGUCUAUUGAAAAGAAUGACCAAUGGAAAGGUCAUUUUCAAGCUUUCAUGUUUUUGUCUGUUUUCUUUCCUGGUAGAAUGGAGAAAGAAAUAAAAAUAUUACUUUGAUUUUUCUCUGCCCCGACAUGCUUGUAAAAAAGGGUGCCCUUAUUCACAGGUAAUCUAUAUACAUACAUUAUAAAUCCAUGUUAUCUUUAAACAAAUAUUUCUUGCUUAUUGAAAAAAAGAAGAUAUGUGAUGUUUUAUUUCUAUGUUAUUGGUUUAAUUAUAGAGUACUAACAAAUUUGUGGAUGAAAAAGUAAGGAUGUCAUUUAUAUUUGCGCAAUAAGUUAAGUAAUUAUGAUAGAAAAAAAGACAAAUUCCCAUGCUGAUUUAUAGAGAUAUUAAGAAAUGAAUGGUUUCCUCUCUUUUUUCUUAAUUGAAAUGAGAAGUGAAGUAUGGGAUUUAAAUCUGAUGCAUGUUGGGUAGAGAUAGAUUCAAGAGAUUCAUAAAUAUAGGUUUUUUUUUUAAAGCCUCGAGUUUGAUUCAUUCCAGAUGAUAAGAAAGCAGAAAAGAUGUUGGUUGAUGAGAGUAGUCUUAGUUACUUCACCGCCAUUCCGUAGGGGUGAAAACAAAGGGCUUGAAUAAAUGUUUCUUUUGCAGUUUAGCCUUCGUAUUGAAAUGCAGGGGCUUUUGAAAUGUCAGCGUUGUCUAUUAAAGAGGAGAAGCAGAUACCGCAUAUGGUGCGAGUUGACGUUGUAAUGGGUGUUUGGCAUAUGAUGUGGUAUGACGUCUAUAUUGUUUAUAUUAAUGAAAUUUAAUGUUUAUUGAUGACAGAGGGGAAUUAAUUUUCAAAUAAUGAGAUAUUUUGAUGAAAUGAUACUAGUAUUAAAGUGCUGGCAAAGAGUUUGAAUUGGGUUGAUAAGGUGUUCUCAUGCAAUUGCAGUAGAAUGAGUAAUGAAGGGGAUGACUGGUUAACAUCUUCAUUUUUUGAUACAUUUUGGUAAUUGUCUCUGAUUUUAAUUAAUCAUGAUAUCAUCUGCUUGUUUAUGUAUCUCAAAUGAUUUUCUUUUCUAAUAUUUAGAAUCAUUCUGGUGUUGAUGGGAUGUGAUAUGACGCAUAUUGUUUGAAGUGAUUUUUUUUUUACAUGCCACCUUGACAUACGCAGGCUUUGUAAAUCAACCUAUAUGAGGGAAGAAACGUCCCGGCUCUCAUUGUAGAAGCUCCGGUGUAACACUGGCAUUUUUUUUCCUAAUUUAUAGUUAUGCAUAUACAGUUGGUUAACCCAUUAUUCUAGUAUGCUACAGUGAUUUUUUUUCUGUUUUAGUCAUGUAUUUGUACAUUAUAUGCUUUUGAGGUAAAAAUGCUAUAAUACAGACCAAUAGAAAAUAUAAUGUAGACAAUUUUGAUAUUGUACUUGUAUAAUUAUGAUAGGGUGAGAAAGCAACAAUAACCUUUUGAAAUUAACAUUUCUUUUUUACCCAGAAAUUUAAAAAGGAUGAAAAGGAUAUGAAACCUACAUUAUUGAAGGAGCAUUUAUUUUCUGAGAACUAUUCAAUUUAUACCAAACCCCCAAAAUAUCACCAAUCUUACAUGCCCAAUUUUGUUUGGAAUUAUGGAACUUCUCAUGUAGUUAAUGACAAUAUUGUUCAUCCCUGGGAAUCGGGGUUGUAAUAAAUCUAAGAGAUGUAUAAUCAAA